AUGAAACUGACAAACGAGUCAGUCCAAAUAGAGCUUAAGAAUGGUACAAUUGUUUCGGGCACAAUUCUAUCUGUGUCACCAAAUAUGAACACAACACUACGGGGCGUAAAAAUGACAAUACGGAACCGUGAACCGAUAUCAUUAGAAUAUAUCAACAUUCGCGGCAGCACCAUUCGUUACUUUAUUCUACCUGAGUCGCUGCCGCUGGAUACACUACUGAUUGACGAUACACCUAAGCCUAAGGUGGGCAGUGGUGCUGGUAAUGCGCGGCAAAACUCGACACGUGGCCGGGGUGGCGGUCGCGGAGGUCGUGGAGGCCGUGGGGGCCGUGGAGGAGGUGGCGGUCGUGGUGGACGCGGUCGUGGGCAAUCGAGUCGGGGGUUCUAG